AUGGGCGGAAAUGACCCCGACUUUUCAGUCUGGGACGCGAAGCAGCAAGAAGUCGUUCCAGCUUGUCGCAUAGAGCCCACGUCCGCAAGUGAUGUUGCAAGGGCCCUUGAGAUUAUUGUUGACAACUGGUGUCGGUUCGCCGUCAAGGGAGGCGGCCAUUCGACAAAUGUUGACGCCUCCAACUCGGUUGGCGGGGUAACGAUUGACUUGAACCGAAUGGAUCAUAUUGAGUUGGCAGAUGACAGAUCCUGGGCCAAUCUAGGCCCCGGAUUGGUUUUGGGAGAGGCGUACGCGGCGUUGGAGCAGCACGGAUUGUCAAGCAUUGCGGGACGAGUUGCCGAUGUUGGUGUGCCUGGCUACACUCUCGGAGGAGGAAUUUCGAACCUAUCCCCGCAGUAUGGGCUGGCAGUGGACAAUGUCUACGAGUAUCAGGUCGUGCUGCCCAAUUCCACGAUCGUGAACGCCAGCGAGGCGGUGAACCCAGACUUGUACUUCGCCCUACGGGGAGGCGGCAACAACUUCGGCAUUGUCACAAACUUCCGUUCUCGGCUCGUACCGCAAGGGCAGCUGUUGUCGGGAGACAAGACGUUUCAUGCAAACUACACGGCGCCAUUGCUCGACGAGGUCUUCGAUCUCACCACAACGAAAUCCAACGACACCUCCAUGUGUUUCUCGACUCGAUAUUUCUGGGACUCUUCGGAGAGUCGUUUCCAAAUAUCCGUCACUCAAGCAUAUUACGAGCCGGUCCUCGAGCCCGCCGUGUUUGACAGCCUCAAUCAAAUACCGUUUGAAUCCAGCACCGUGAGGGUGGAUUGGAUGAGUAAUUUUGCGCUGGAGAACGUCGGCCCUCGUGUGCUGAGACGAUUGUACGCCACCGUCACAUUCCGUCCAUCUCGAGAGCUGUAUGAACAGGUACAAGACAUAUUUGCGGAAGAGGCCGAGGCUGUUAAGGAUACGCCGGGAUUUGCGUCUUCAAUCGUACUUCAGGCGCUGCACAUCAACGCCAUCAAGGCGAUGAAAGUACGUGGCGGAAACGCAUUGGGGAUUGAGUCCGACGAACCAUUGAAUAUCGCUCUAUUCACUCUCGGCUGGCGAGAUCGCGAAGACGACGAGGCAAUGAAUGCCUACGCUGACAGGUGGCUGACGAGAUCCAAGCAGCGGGCAUCCGAAAUGAAUCUUUUGCAUCCAUGGCUGUACAUCAACUACGCGAAGCAUGACCAAGAUCCGUUUUCUGGGUACGGGGAGGCGAACAAGUUGCGUCUUCAGAGAAUCCAGAAGGCCGUUGACCCGCGAGGUAUCAUGACGUCUCAGGGAUUGUGCCGUGGCUCAUUCAAACUCAAUUAG